AGCCCAUACUGCCGGCCACCAGAGCCCGUACUGCCGGGCACCAGAGCCCGUACUGCCUGCCACCAGAGCCCGUACUGCCGGGCACCAGAGCCCAUACUGCCGGCCACCAGAGCCCGUGCUGCCUUCCACCAGAGCCCGUACUGCCAGCCACCAGAGCCCAUACUGCCGGCCACCAGAGCCCGUACUGCCGGGCACCAGAGCCCGUACUGCCGGCCACCAGAGCCCAUACUGCCGGCCACCAGAGCCCGUACUGCCGGCCACCAGAGCCCGUACUGCCGGCCACCAGAGCCCGUACUGCUGGCCACCAGAGCCCAUACUGCCUGCCACCAGAGCCCGUACUGCCGGCCACCAGAGCCCAUACUGCCGGCCACCAGAGCCCGUACUGCCAGCCACCAGAGCCCGUACUGCCUGCCACCAGAGCCCAUACUGCCGGCCACCAGAGCCCAUACUGCCGGGCACCAGAGCCCGUACUGCCGGCCACCAGAGCCCGUACUGCCGGCCACCAGAGCCCGUACUGCCGGCCACCAGAGCCCGUACUGCCUGCCACCAGAGUCCGUACUGCCGGCCACCAGAGCGCGUACUGCCGGCCACCAGAGCCCGUACUGCCGGCCACCAGAGCCCGUACUGCCGGCCACCAGAGCCCGUACUGCCGGCCACCAGAGCCCGUACUGCCGGCCACCAGAGCCCGCAUGCCGGCCACCAGAGCCCGUACUGCCUGCCACCAGAGUCCGUACUGCCGGCCACCAGAGCCCGUACUGCCGGGCACCAGAGCCCGUACUGCCAGCCACCAGAGCCCAGCCCGUACUGCCGGCCACCAGAGCCCGUACUGCCGGCCACCAGAGCCCGUACUGCCUGCCACCAGAGCCCAUACUGCCUGCCACCAGAGCCCGUACUGCCGGCCACCAGAGCCCGUACUGCCGGCCACCAGAGCCCGUACUGCCGGCCACCAGAGCCCGUACUGCCGGCCACCAGAGCCCGUACUGCCGGCCACCAGAGCCCGUG